CAAAAAAUGCGCAACUCUGAACUCGGGUGCGGACCUAACCAGCCAAAUACCCGUCCGUCGCCUUCCCUCCUCCUCCUAUAGUCCCACACCUUCUCUGAGAACGAACCAGAAAGAGAGAGCGAGACAUUUACAAGACUGAGUUCGAUGUGCAGUUAGCAAACGCCAGCGUCUAAAUUCUCUUCCGCCUCUCAAUUUCUCUCUCUUUCGAUUUAAUUCAUCUACGGAAGGGUUAUGUCCCUCCAUUUGUGCUUUCCCAGCGGUCCGAUUCUUUAAUUUCUGAUUGAGCAACCCUAAAUUCGUCGAACCAUGGAAGAGGAAAAAAUUAGCGGCGGCGGCGGCGGCAGUGGCGUUGGAGGCCGCACUGGGAAUGGUGGUUCCGGUGAUUCGUCGAGAGCUUCUUCUUCGUUUGUGAAAUCGGGGGACCGGCAAAUGUUCACAGUGGAGCUACGACCUGGAGAGACUACCAUAGUUUCAUGGAAGAAGCUUGUCAAAGACGCCAACAAGGUUAAUGGACUCAACACUGUGCCCGAACCUCCAGCCAACCCCAACCCCGUUGUUGAGUGUCGCAUUGAUCCGGGACAACCGAUUGAAGAUGAAGUGAAAGAUGCAACAGCACCAAAUCGUUUUAAUGCAGUUAUUGAGAAGAUUGAACGAUUAUACAUGGGUAAGGAUAGUAGCGACGAUGAAGAUAUAAUUCCGGAUGAUGAUCGGUAUGAUACAGAAGACUCAUUCAUUGAUGAUACCGAGUUGGAUGAAUAUUUUGAAGUUGAUGAUUUGGCAAUAAAACAUGAUGGAUUUUUUGUUAAUAGGGGGAAGUUGGAGCGCAUUGAACCGUCUGGACAGCCUAAUCAACAGUUGAAGAAAAGACGCAGAAAAGAUUUAGAGAAAGGUCAUUCUGAAAAUCAUGAUGGUCGCUCAUCAAAUAAGCACACAAAAGUAGGAAAGAUAGCUACGGGAAAGACAGCACUCAUGGUUGCAAAGAGUUUUUCUAAUCUGUCACAAAACAUGGCUAUCACACAUGAACAUCGUGAAGAUGAAAAAUUGCAGAAUCAAUUGAACAUGCCUGGACAUGGUUCCAAAAAAAAAAUUGGUGACACGAAAAUGACAUUGGACCCUUCUACAUCAAUUAAAGUUUAUAAUGGCGAUACCUCUACUUCUGUAGCAGAAGCGAAGGACCUUGAUCCAUCAAAGCCUGGUAUUGUCCCAUCCAAGAACCUUGCCAGCAAAUCAAAAGAGUCAUGUGGACCAUCUGAUUCCUUACAACAGAACCUACUUGAGAAAAGUGCCCAUGCACCCUUCAAACCCCAACCUGGGAGGCCAUUGAAUAGCGUGGAAGAGGUAGAUUCCUCAACUCAGUUGAAAGAGAAACACGGCAUUCGUGAAUUGCCAGACAUUAAUUUGCCAGAGGGCAAGUAUUCCAUGCAAACAGCAAAAACACCAUAUGUGCACAAAAAGGAUGGUUCUAGUGUUAGGCCAAAGAGUUCCCUGCUGGAAAAAGCUAUAAGAGAGUUAGAAAAGAUGGUUGCGGAAUCUAGGCCACCCCUUACGGAAAAUCCAGAGGCUGACAAUUCAUCUCAGGCUGUCAAAAGGAGAUUGCCAAGAGAAAUCAAACUCAAGCUUGCUAAAGUUGCCAGAUUAGCGGCGAGCCAUGGAAAAUUAUCAAAAGGGUUGAUUAACCGACUUAUGAGCAUUCUUGGUCACUUGAUACAACUGCGAACUCUAAAGAGAAAUUUAAAAGUCAUGAUCAACAUGGGUAUCUCAGUGAAGCAGGAGAAGGAUGAUAGGUUUCAACAGAUAAAGAAAGAAGUCGUCGAGAUGAUUAAAAUCCGGCCUUUAUCCAUGGAGUCUAAGGCAUUCGAACAACAAGCUGGAGCACCUCAAAAUCUCCGUGAACUUGUUUCUGAAGAAAAAGGAGUCCCUAAAAAAAAGUUUGUUAUGGAUCCUUCAUUGGAGGACAAGAUUUGUGAUCUCUACGAUCUGUUUGUUGAUGGACUGGAUGAGGAUGCUGGUCCACAAAUUAGAAAGCUGUACGCAGAGCUUGCAGAAUUGUGGCCAAAUGGGUUCAUGGAUAAUCAUGGAAUCAAACGUGCAAUAUGUAGGGCAAAAGAGAGACGUAGAGCGUUGCACGGUAGACAUAAGGAAUGUAAACUUCAGCAACCAAACUCUUCUAUUUCGUUGACAGAAUUAAAUGAUCAAGAGAAAGUCAAGAGGAAAAAGAUGUUACCACCAAGAGUAGAUGAUACAGUUAGAACUGAGAUUGGUUCAGUAGCUCAGCCACAGUACGCCAGGGAGCGAUUAGCCUCUGAAUCAGGUGUACAACCAGUCCCAGCAGCCAAGCCAGUGUCUAUUUCGGCAGCUAACAUGGCCCAGCUACCAUGUCCUUCCACGAGUAUUGGAAACGUAGACAGGCUAAAAUCCGAGAAGUUGAAGGGAAGCUCAAGCGGUUCCCUCGAAGACAUGAGAAUGGUGGACGGUGCAUUAACGAAGAAAAAGACGAAGAGGAAGGCAGAGCUGGAGUUGGACGAAACUCAUAAUCGUCCCGAGAAGGCGCCCAUCCAACAUGGAGAUGAAAAACACAAGCCCAUCAACAAGCCAACUGCCAGUCUUCCUCCAAAGGCAAACAUUCAAUCAGCUGCUCCUCCAAGUCUGGAACAGUCAAGCUAACAUGAUAUUACUUCCCAUGCGUCUAAUCUACACCAUAAUAAUGUUCUGUCACACAUCACCACCCUCACUGCAUCCCACAAAAUUUUCUCCCCCUCUCCUCCCUCAUUUCUCUCAUUCUCGGGUUUCAUUUAUCGACCCGAAAAAGCCAGGAAAAAAGAAGCCAUUUUUGUAAUUACAUGUUCGUGCAUGGGGCUUUCUGGAUUAGAAAUGUAUCUUAAAGUAGGGAGAGCUCAAGUAGCAAUUUUAUUUGGAAAGUAGUCAAUUUGAAGGCCUCUUUCUUUUUUUUUUUCCAACUCUUAUGGUUCUAAUUAUUUGUUUUUCCUCUAUGCUAAUUUUCUGUUAGUUU